UUCUUGUUGGCCUACUUUCCCCCGACACUGUGACCCUAGAUUUAUUCUAGCUGUACAUAUCAUAGACGUACACUAAAUAUAGAUCUAGAUUAGAUCUGUUUCACUAAUCACUAAUGAUCUGGAUGUUUGAAACAUUUCUUUUUGUUCUUUUCUAUAAUAAUAAUAAACUUUGAUUCCGAAUUUCAAAUAAAGUCUUAGUAAGUUGGACUGAAGACAGUGAAGUAUAACAACAAUUUAACAAUAACAAUAUUUUUUUUUAUUACAAUGUUAUUCAAUAUAGAAAAUAGAAGUUACAAUUAAUAGUUAAGUUAGUAGUUUUAUUAAAUGAUUUAAAUAAUCUUAUCCAAUAAAUAUCGGAUAUUCAAUAUCGAUCUAAUGGCUGAUAAAAUGACCACCAAGGAAAUGGCAGAUGCGGUUAAAACACCACACAGAUUCCAGGCUUUUUAUCUUGGAUCCAUGCCAAUGGACCGGUUAUAUUCACAGACAAUGCAGCCUUGGGUUAUGGCAGAGGUUCGAAGGAAGAGACAGGGCAUCAAGGAUGUUACUCUUGAAGUAUCAGGGGACAUCUUCAGAGUCAUCAACGCAAAGCAGGAAGAAAAUGCCAUUUUGUUAGAGCACAAUGUCAAAGGGAUUACAAGAUUUGCAAAACUUCACCAGGAUCCUCUGUGUUUUGCAUAUCUCACCAGAUACCAACUGAAUGCAGACUUUGAGUGUCAUGUCUUCCUGGCCAAAUCAGAAGAACUUAUACCAAAGAUAUUCAAUGCUAUCAGAGUUGCCACUAAAGAUGCCACGGUGAUCAAGCCUACAGACACUCCUCCUGCUGGUGGUGGAGCCCAGGCUGAGCCAGGCUUUGACUGGGAGGGGGGUGAACAGUCCAGAUCUCUCUUUGAGGUGAAAUACAUGGGCCGAGCCAAGGUGGCCAGUAAGCGCGUGACAGCUGAAUAUAUCGACUGUUUAGCAGAGAAAAUGAUUGCCAGAGAGGAAGAUCUGCUGAUGAAAAGACUGGAAGAGAGAGAGGAGAAAAUAAAACAGGAAGAACAAAAGCGUAGUCGCCAUGCCAGUGAUACAAGUUCUCAAUCUUUGCCAGACAGUUUGGAGUCUGAUGUAUUUGUAGACAACCAACUGGCUCAGCAGAAAUCAGCUUUGCAUGUGACUUCUGCCAAGAGUGAGAAUACUUUGUCUAGCCAAGCUGCUGUAAAAAAAGGUGCUUCCAGUGUAGAGCCAGUCUCUAUUUCACCUUCAUCUCAAAUGCUGAACAGUAUAAAUGAGAACCCUCAAUUUCUGAAAACAGCAUCAACCUCAGACAGUGAUUCUAGCAGAGAAAAUCUCAACUCUUCGUUUGAGCAUUCCUUGCUACCAGUAUCAUUGAGCUCCAGUCCAAGGCUUCUCCAUACAACUUCUAUAGCAAGCGAUCCCCUGGGGGUGAUACCUACUGUUGUUGAGACUGUUAAACCUGAACCUACUUCUGCAUCACCCCUUAAGAGUGAUCUUCUGCGAAGAAGGCAUUCAUCUCACAGGGAGGAAGGAAAUAUUUAUUACGUUUCUGAGAGGUUCCGCAGGGCCAGUGGUGACUCUGCUGAUAGCAUAAGCAUAACCUAUGAGCCAAGCCGUGUGAUGGUACUGCAGAUCAGUCACCAAGACAUUUCUCUGAUAAGCCUAGAUAAGAAAGUGUCCAUUCUAGAAUGCAAGUUUCAGGACAUCUCUUCAAUUUCUCAGGGUAAGAUAAAACAGGACAUGUUUGGUGUAGUGGCUAGAGAUGGCUCUGUCUUCAUAUGCUACAUCUUAAAGUGUCUCUCUGACUCAGUGGUGACUGAGAUCAUGAGCACUUUACAGACUGCCUUCACUGUAGCCUACAGCAAGAAAUCGGCUGCUGCAACAUGCAACAACAACAAUGCUGCUGGUGCAGCUUCCAGUACCACCCAGGUCUGCACUAUGUGUCCACUACACCAGCUCCAUAGGAUAAGCCAAGAAUUAAGCAGUAUGUCACCACAGACUGGUUAUGAUUAUCUAGUCAAGAAGAUGAAAAACUUGAUGGACAAAGAUUACAAUGAUAUAUUCCAUCAACUUGAAGCUGAAGAGACUGAGAGUUUAGAGGAGUCCAUUGAAGUCUUGAUGAUUGGUUUAAGACAGCUGUGUGAGAGGAAGCAGAAAGAACAUACACACAUCUCAGCAGAAGGUCAUAAGCAAGCUUCCACAGAGAUUAAUUUACUCGAGGAAAAGACCAAACUUUUUGAAGGGUUCAGGUCCAAGGCCAGGAAAAGUCUAACAACAUCUUUUGAGACUCUCUUGAGGGGUAAGAAGAAAGAGGACGCCAAGGAUGGCAUGAGGCAGAGAAGCUGGACAACGGACAGUGAGGCUAGCUGGGCGUCCAAGGAUUCCUCCGCUCCGUCCACCCCAGACAUCUCCCCCAUGCCGUCGCCCAUGAGCAAAGAGUUCCAGCAUGACUUUCCCAGCCCGCCCACCUCGCCAGGCAUCAGGAGACGCAGCGCCACCCUAGACAGCCUGGGCUCCGUGAGCCGCCCUGAGGGCAGGAGGAGGGACGUGAACCACAAUAAGACUCACAGCCCUAUGAAGACCUCAUUCCUGCUGGCAACAAACACUCCUCAGCAUUCAGACAGCACUUCCUCAUCUGUGGUCAACUCCCCUAUGGAUGACCACACCUUGUUAGCAUCCAACAGACGGCCCAGCUCAUCUUGGAGAAAGGCCAUCUUUAACAGAGUGUGUACCCCUCAGCAUUCUCUGGAGUAUGGUGACAGCCUUGACGGGAAGCUCCACAACACAGUUGAGAUACGAGGCAUGUGGAAAAAAGCCAUACUGGAGACAUUGCUCCUUAUACGUAUGGAGAAGGAGAAUCAUGAUAUACGUGAAUAUUUCGUCUUUUAUGGAAGUCUUUCUGUGGUAGUAUUUCGUGCGAGACAAGAGGAAGGGGGAGCUAAUGUAUGUCGUAAAUUAGACUAUCAAGAGUUGACUCCCUGCCUUAAAGAAAUCACAUUUGUCUGGGAACAGAUGCUGACUUUACAUGAAGAACAGGAAGGAAGUGAGCCAGCAGAGGAUGGGAAGACUGUUCCUCUAGUGAAACUCUUAGACUAUGUCAAAAAGGGUGUUCCUCGAAAUCUGAGAGGUCAGAUCUGGCUGUUUCUCAUGCAGCAGCGGCAGAUGAGCAGUGCUGUGCCUGACAGCACCUGUGACCCCUGUGACUAUGAUGACCUUCUGAAACAGUUGACCACACACCAGCAUGCAAUACUUAUUGACUUAGGCCGCACCUUCCCCUGUCACCCUUACUUUGCCAAAGCUCUGGGACCUGGCCAGCUAGAACUGUUCAAUUUGUUGAAGGCCUACAGUCUACUGGACCCUGAAGUUGGCUACUGCCAGGGGUUGUCAUUUAUAGUUGGAAUGCUGUUGAUGCAUAUGGAGGAAAUUUCUGCUUUUCAUGUUCUGAAGUAUAUGAUGUACCAUCUGGGUCUAAGGAAACAGUUUCGACCAAACAUGACUGCCCUACAGAUUAAAUUGUACCAGCUGACUCGACUUCUCCAUGACCACUACAAGGAUGUGUAUGACCACUUUGAGACUCAUGAGAUAUCUCCCACUCUGUACGCUGCCCCCUGGUUCCUCACACUGUUUGCCUCACAGUUUCCUUUGGGCUUUGUCUCUAGAGUUUUUGACAUGAUAUUUGUUCAAGGCAUUGACUGUUUGUUUAAAGUGGCUCUGAUGCUGAUAGGGAAUCAUAGAGCCUUGAUCUUGCAGUGUGACUCAUUUGAGAGUGUUGUAGACUUUCUCAAGACCACACUGCCUGAGAUGGUCCAGGUCCAGAUGGAGAGAAUCAUCAACCAGGCUUUUGAACUAGACAUCACUAAGGAGCUUCAGGCCUAUGAAGUGGAGUAUCAUGUGCUGAGUGAGGAGAUGACCUAUUCCCCUCACAAUGACCACCUCCACCCAAGCCAUCACAGCAAACAUUACCACAGCAAGCCUUUGUCCCCACCCUCCAGCAGCAGACUGGUGGACAGACGUCGGUCCUCCAUAGACAUAGAGAUGAUUUACUGUAUGGAACAGCAGAACAGGAUGCUGAAAAAUCAGAACAUGGAUUUGUUAGAGAAAUUACAGCAUGCCCAGUCCCAACAGCGUAGCUCUGAGCACAGUGUGCAUGUUCAUCAGAUAGAAACAGAGAAGCUUAAAUCGCACAUUCGCACUCUAGAACUGGAGCGAGGUGCUCUGCUCCAGGCAGUGGCCAAGCUCAAGAAAAUCAUUCCCCGAGAUGCUUUACUCCAGCUAAAUCUGGCACUUCCUCCCAUGCCAGAUUGUCAUUCUCCACUUCCACCAUCCAAACCAGCGCUCCUUCAAGCCAGCACUCAAGUUUCGGAAAGGGACUUCAGCUCGGACUUUUCAGACCUGACAGAGCGGACUGAUGUUUGUUUUUCCCUCAGCAAUUCCAGCACCUUUUCAGACUCCUCCAAUGCCAAGAGCAAUUGUGAAUCUCCACUUUGUGCAACCACCACGUCUGAUGAUUCCUUAAUACUUCCUUUGGCUUCAGCCACUCUUUCUCUAGAACAUUGUACUGCUGAUUCCACAAAGCCCAGUUCACCUGUGCAGAACACUUCCCCUUGCGCUGAUGGAGAUCCUAGCAGAACUCUCACUAGGACUCCUCCUCGCAUCACACUACCCAUGCCUCAUUUACAUUUGUCAACUGCUGCCUCUACUGAGGCCUACCCUUCCAGGAGCAUUUCCAACAAGCCAGGCAGCAUUCCAAACAGCACACCUCUCACACCAGAGGAGAGAAGAAGAACAGUGAAGGUUGUUGUGCAGCAGUCACCAACAAAUUGUCAAGACAAACCCAGUUCUGGAAGAUAAUAUUUGAAAUAAAACCUAGUUUUGGAAGGUAAUGAAAUAAAACCCAGAUCUGGAAGAUUAUAUUUGAAAUAAAACUUAGUUUUGGAAGGAUAUGAAGUAAAACCCAGAACUGGAGAGAUAAUAUUCAAAAUAAAACCUAGUUUUGGAAGGUAAUGAAAUAAAACCCAGAACUGGAGAGAUAAUAUUUAAAAUACAACUUGGAUUUGGAAGAUAAUAUUUGAAAAAAAAAAUCUACUUCAGGAUAAUGAAUUGAUAGUGUGAAAAAAAGACAGAAUGGGUAUAUAUACAUUUUUUGUUUCAAGUAUUUCUUAAAAGAAAUAGUAGUUCAGCUUUCUGGCACUUGGACAUACAAAUAUGAAUUUGGUUUCUUAUUCAAACUUAAAUUGUUAGAUUGAAAGAAAUACCAACAACAUGGAUGUCUAAACCAAGUUGAUUUACAUUUGGUUUGAUUCCUAUAUUUACUUGUUUUUACAUUGGAAUUUAGGAAAUGUGUGUGUGUACAUGUACUUUGAAGAUGUCUACUUCUUCAACAUCAUGGAGCUUUGAACUGUUUCUCAGUAGGUACAUGAGUUUGUCAUUUCAUGUGAGGUCAUUGGUUAUCCAGUAUAUUAAUAAUUAUAACUGACCAAGUACAUUGUGGACCAACUGACUUAAAAGGUGAAAGCUGUGAGCGUGGUCAGAUAUACAUUUAUGAGUUUCAUGCUAUGAUGUUUUAUUCAUCAUCCCAUCACCUGCAGAAUCAGAAAUAGCUUGGCAAUAGAUGACAAAUUUAUCUCUGGGCAAUAGUUGACAGGAUUUAUCUCUUGGCAUUAGAUGACAGGAUUUAUCUCUUGGCAUUAGAUGACAGGAUUUAUCUUUUUACAAUAGAUGACAGAAUGAUAUAUCUUUUUACAAUGGAUGACACAAUAUAUCUUUUUUACAAUAGAUGACAGAAUGAUAUAUCUUUUUACAAUAGAUGACAGGAUGAUAUAUCUUUUUACAAUUGAUGACAGGAUAUAUCUUUUUACAUUACAUGACAGGAUAUAUCUUCCUACAUUAGAUGACAGGAUUUAUCUCUUGGCAAUAGAUGACAGACUUCAUCUAUAGAAAGAAACAAGAAAUGAUGAACUAUUUUUAUAAUGCUAAUGGGAUUUUUGAACAUUUUCUUUGAGCUUCUCAAAAUCUUGUGUUAUUAUUAUUAUGUCAGAAUGGGCUGUGGAUUAAUUUUAAUUUAGACAAUUACAGUUUCUUUUUGUUUUUUUUAACUUAUUGCAUUUAUUUUAUCUUCUGGCCAUUUUAUUUUGUUUCACCCAUUUUUUAAAUGUCAAUAAUUAUUUUUGUAAAGCAUAUUAUAAAGAUGUUGUUUUUGUUUACGUAAAUAGUAUUAUUUUAAUGGUAGCAUUCCCCUAGCAAAUAUCAGUGCCAAGUAAACAAAAAAAUUAAACCUAUUAUUGUAAUGUCUUACAAAUAAAAGUAUUUGACUAAUAGAAUAUCUCCACACUUACUAUGCGAACAAAGGGACACAAAUAGUUUCCAUUAUAGAUCAGUCCAAUAGUGUGAACAAAGUCACUUCUAGAAUGUUGUCAAUUUAUUGCAAUUAUAAAGGAACAAUGUUUAAUUUGAACUUGUUUUAGAAAGCUUAUAUCAACCCAUUCUGUCUGGUAAAAGUUUGGACACAUUGUCUCUCCCACUCCCAAUGUUGAAUCAAGCUGAAAUUUUGAAUAAUUUCUUUUACCUGAGAAAAGAAUCAAUAAAAAAAUUACCAGUGGCUUAAUUAACUAUUGGUUAGUAAUUAGUUUGUUUGAUAUCGAACAAAGGAAAGAAAUUGUACUUGAAUGAUGUGGUGAUAUAAGUGGAAUUAGCCUCCUUUAUACUUUAUAGGUCGCUGCUUUAAAGCUUGAUGCUAGCAAUAGAUAACUGUAAAACCUUUUAUUUUCAUAAGUGAUUCUCUGUCUCAGGGGUUAGUGUGUUGGCUUGAAGAGGAUUGAGCCCUCAAGUUCAAAUUAAGGUCUUUCAACUAUUUUUUUUAAUAAAUUUAUUUAAAAAGUCAUCAUGGUAAGAUGCAGCUAGAUACCCCAUUCUUCCCUAACCCCUUUUCCCCAUUUGGUCCAGACCAGUGAUAGAAUCAGAGCGUAGUAAGAAAGCAUAACAUUGUACUAAACAAAAACAAUAGGUAAAAAUAUUUCUAUUCGCUCAGAUUUUUUAUUACACAUUUAAUGACAUGACUGAACUAAUAGAUACAAAUAUGCUUUAUAUAAGCUUUGGUGUUUUUUAUAAGUAUUUUCAUAUAUUCUUGUUGUCUUUACUUUUGGUAUAGAGGCAACAGGUUUGUUUACUUUAUUUCAAGAUUUUAUUAGAGCAUGUGAUUGAAAUAGAUAUUAUUCUUUCAGAGUUCGAAAUAUUUGGAAACUUGUUUAUAGGCCAAUUGAAAUGUCCUAAAGUUGCGAGGUUUACUCUUGAGUUUUUGUUCUCGUUCAUUUUUUAUACAAUAAAACUAAAUGAACUUCUUUGUCUCUUUCUUGUCUUAGAAUUCACAUUUUAUUUCUAGUUAUAUAAAUCUUGGCUUUCUUUUCUGUCCUGGAUUUAAUUUUUUUUUCUUAUUAUGACCCAUAGGAAUAUAAAAAUAAAAAAAUUACUAAGUCACUUUUUUUUUUUUUUUUUAACUUUUUAUUAAUGUUUUUUUUCUCUUUUUCAAAUUAAUAAAUUUUAUUAUAAUUUUUUUUUUUUUUGAAGACUGAUAAUCUGAUAGAUCUACCCAUUCAAGUGAAUGUGGUAUUCACAAAAGGCAAAAUUUUAUCACAUGAAAACAUUGAAUAGUUUUCUUAUUUUAUAAGAAGGAAGUGAUAAACAAAACUGUUUAGUAGAACACAUAAUGAAGCUGCACACAUGCAUGUGCAACAUAUCAAAUCUAAAAAUAUGUUUAAAUGUAGUUUUAAAAAAAAGGUUAGUGUGCCAUCUUGAAAGUGGCAAUUAUUGAGUUGUUGUUUUUUUAUUUUUUAUGAAAUAGUAAGGUAAAAUCAAUUCUAUUUAUUAUCCAAGAAUAUGUUGUAACAAGUGAAAUGUCAAAAAAUGAUUUUUUUUUAAAACUUUGCUUAUAUUAGGUGGAAUUGCAUCAAUUAUUUGAAUCAAUCAAAAUUGUAAACAAUGUUACUCUCCAGGUCUUGGGACUUUAAUGCUAUCUUGCAUUUUGACACGAGUCCCAUUGGCAUUUUGGAGGAGGGGGUGAGAACAUCUUUCUAUUGCAAGGCUUUUCUCUCAUCAGCUUAGCACAUUUUCCAUAUAAAAAAAAAUAUAAUUAAUGACUAAUUUUUGGAUUAACUGGUUAAUUUUAUUUUUUUUAUUGAGUCAUGUGGUGUCAUUGACAAUGAAUAACUGCAAAGUUUCAACAUGAUCUGAAAAUGGGAAGUGGGAGAACUAACGUGACCAAAGAGUUUGACCAGACAGACAGAAAGUGUGACUUAAGUGAGCUAACAAUGAAGAGAUUGAUAUUUAUAUUUCUGAUUGAUAUUUAUAUUUUAAGAAAUCAAUUUUAUCUGUAGGUGACACAUCUGUUAAGAACAAACCAUAAUGAUGUAAUUUUAUUAAUUUUAUUUAGUUAAUCAUGAACAAAUAUAAAGUUUAAAAUCAAUUUAUGUUUAUGUUUGUAAAGUAUCCGAGCAUCUCAAUUAGUGUUGUGGGCUAUUGUUAUUAUUUAUUGAAUAGCUUUCUAACUCACCAAAAAAAACAUUUGAUUUGGUUCACUUUGAACCAGAAAAGUUGAUUUUUUUUAAUUUUCUGUUGUCAUUAUGGCUAAUAGACCAAUCAGUUCUCAAACAUUUCUAACAGUAUGUUUCAUAACUAUGUAAAAAAAUAAACAAUUCACUUUCACCAUUUCAUUAAGUACCACUGUGAAUAGUUAGUCAAUGUGAGUUUUUCUGUUUAUUGUGGAAACUUUCAGAAAGGUUUGUCAAUGUGAUUGAAGACAGUACCAGUUCUGUAUUGGGAAACUUUUAAGGAAUUAAAAAGCAUGGUUUCUACUAUUUAGUUUGACUAUGUUGGCAUUAGUGUAGUGACGCAGAGCCAAAAAUAUUCGUCAAUAAAAACAAUGCAUCACUUCUAAACACUUUUUACAUUAAAUAAAACAUUCUUCUUUCUUUAGCACAAUAGUUAACAUCUAUCCAUGUUUUAACAUCUAACUUGGAAAGUUUUAGCUGAGAGAUCUCUAUUCUAGAUAUCUUUUCUUCUAACCAAUUCUAAAUGAGUUGUAGCUCUGUGUUUUACUCAAGACUUAGUAAACCUUUGUCUGAAUCUUUUAUCUGCAUAUUUUUUUGUAUUUACUUUAUUUUUAAAUCAAUUUUUUAACUUUUGUUAUUUAUUUACCAAGAAUCUCAAUCUCCAAUUUCAACUUUCAUUUUCUAACAAAGUUCUAUGGAUACUCAUCAAUUUUGUCUACAAUGUGACUGCAUGAAUCUUCCUUUUUUUUAAUCAUAUAUUAUGUUUCCCCCUCUCCAACUAAAUCUUUGAUGUGUGUUAUUUUAAACUUUUGUUUUAGUUUUGCAAUACUGUUUUAAUAUUACUUUCUUGAUAUACUUUGAUACUGCAUUUUGUUGUUGUUGUUUGUUUGUUUUUUGUUUUUUUAUUACAUUGUUGCAGUAAGUAACAAACUUUGCUAAAACAAAAUGAAUGAAACACUUUUGAGAUAUAAAUCUAAGAAUUCAUAUAAAUAGGAAAUGUUAAAUAUUUGACAAUGAAGUUCUAACACAAUACAGAUUUGUUAAGACCUUUUAAAAAAAAUAUUGACUGCUAUUUAUUUAGCAUUAAUAGUAGUACAUAAAUGUUUGAGUAAAAUGCACCAGUGCACACAGACUAAACAUUCAAAAUAUCUAGGUGUAAUAAUAAAUGAAGUUAUAAUGGAACCCCCAUAUUAUAAAAUUAUUAGAAAAUCAAAGCAUUAUGAUUUCUUUUAAAGAACUUUUUACAAAAAAUACAGAAACAUAGAACAAAAAUGCUAUUUAACUUUAGUUAGGCCAUUUUUAGAAUAUGCAUUCUCUGUAUAGGAUUCCCUCAACUCAAGAAAACAUUAAGUAACUACAAAAGAGAUGUGAGAUUGAUAUAAAAUAUAUAUUUACAUUUGAUAAGACAUCAAUGGUAACACAGUUAAUAAAAUAAUUAAAAUUAGAGGACACUUCAGGACAGAAGAAUAAAAAGUAGCAAUAAAAUACAUAAAAACACUAAACUAUAUUUACAAAUAGAAAAACAAAACCUAAUAAAAUACCCAGAAAGACACUAAGAUAAAGGCACAUUCCUUAAUCCACAGUACAAAUUCAUAUAAGUGUUCCUUCUUCCCUAGUGCCCUUGGAGCAUGGAAUGAAUUGCUUGAAUUAGGAAAGCCAACGACAUAGAAGAGUGUAAGUCACUGAUGAACAUGCAUGAUUAGAUUGAUGCAUGAAAUGUGUAGGGCGUAAUUAUCUUCCCUUUGAAGUAGCAGCUGUUACUCAUAAGAUAAAAACCAACAUAUAUUUACUUGUUUAAAAAUAGGAACUAAAAACCAACAUAUAUUUACUUGUUUAAAAAUAGGAACU